GACAAAACCGGAUCGAAGUAGAGGCAGAGUAGGGUUUCAAAGCAGGCAGUGAAAGACCGGGAAUGCUGUUCAGGAAAUUCUUCAGGCAUGGGCAGGGACUUGGCUGCAGUUGUGCGGCUGGAAAAUCUGACUGGGGCAGCUCCUGAGCGCAGGCAGGGCCUGCUCACAUGGGCGGGCUGAGUGGCCGCCUCCUUCAGAGCCUCUCAGCUUUCCCCAGGACCACGGGGGACCCUCAUCCGCCACUCUGUGAAGCAGAGGAGAGAUGCCUCAGGAACAGUACCCACACCACAGGAGCACCAUGCCCAGCUCAGAGGGGCCACACAUAUACAAAGUGGGGAUUUACGGCUGGAGGAAAAGAUGCCUGUAUUUCUUUGUCCUGCUCCUCAUGAUAUUAAUCCUGGUGAACUUGGCCAUGACUAUCUGGAUUCUCAAAGUCAUGAACUUCACAAUUGAUGGAAUGGGGAACUUAAGAAUCACAGAAAAGGGUCUGAAGCUAGAAGGAGACUCAGAAUUCUUACAACCUCUCUACGCCAAAGAAAUCCAGUCCCGACCAGGUAAUGCCCUCUACUUCAAAUCUGCCAGGAAUGUGACAGUGAACAUUCUCAACGACCAGACAAAAGUGCUGACUCGGCUGGUGACAGGUCCGAAGGCUGUGGAAGCAUAUGGCAAAAAGUUUGAAGUAAAAACGGUUUCUGGAAAAUUGCUCUUUUCUGCAGAUGACAAUGAAGUGGUCGUGGGAGCCGAGAGAUUGCGAGUCUUAGGAGCUGAAGGCACAGUCUUUCCCAAAUCCAUAGAAACACCUAACGUCAGAGCAGACCCCUUCAAGGAACUAAGGUUGGAGUCCCCAACCCGAUCUCUGGUGAUGGAAGCACCAAAAGGGGUGGAAAUCAAUGCAGAAGCGGGCAAUAUGGAAGCCACCUGCAGAAGCGAGCUGAGACUGGAGUCCAAGGAUGGGGAGAUUAAGUUAGAUGCUGCGAAAAUCAAACUACCUAGACUGCCUCGUGGAUCCUACACACCCACAGGAACGAGGCAGAAGGUCUUCGAGGUCUGCGUCUGCGCCAAUGGGAGGUUAUUCCUGUCCCAGGCAGGAACUGGUUCCACUUGUCAGAUAAACACAAGUGUCUGCCUUUGAAGGACUAUCCAUAGUGGACAAUUGUCGGCAGCAUAAAGGCCCCUUUUGGCUUGAGACACUGGCUGCCAGCUAUUUUUACUAGAACACAGAAAGCCUAUCAAAGACCUUUUGUGUGCGUGUGUGUAUGAGUGUGUGUAUGAGUGGGUUGUGUGUGUGUGUGAGUGGAUAUAAAUAUAUAUAAAUAUAUAUAAAUAAAUAUAUAUAUAUCCUCUGUAUAAAAUGAGGUUUCAGUACAAAAGGAACCAUGGGUGACCCUGUGACAUUAUCCACUGUCAUUUUUUCCACCCCACCCCCAUCGCCCACACGACAGAAUCUAAGCACUCAUUCAGGAUCAGCAUUCCCCCAGGCAAUUUCCAAUCACACAGUGGACUGAGCACUUACAGAAUAUCCAUCAAUAUUUUCAAGUAAUCACCUAGCUUCUCUCUGAGUCAUUAGAGGCAGUGAUGGCGGGAAUCUUUGGGUCACUCUCCAGGGAUGAUAUAUUAGCAUAAAAGAUAAACAUUUGACCCACUUGUAAUCCCAGCCCCAGGCAAGUUGGAAUGAUGGGGGCCAGCCUGGGCUAUAGAAUGAGACUGUCUUAAAAACAUAUAUAUUUGGUUUCCCUUUCCUAGCUUCAGCCAAGCUGGUCAAGUUCUUCUCUUCAAGAAAAGGAUAGGGUAUGCCCAUAGAAAUUAGCCACAAAAACUCAAAAAUGGCCACCCUAUUAUUGUAGACCAACGUAUUAGGAGCUAUGUGGCUAAAUGAAUGGGGGCAGGCAGGUUGAAUUCUGAAAGAAUGUAAGCCACUCAUCUAACUUCUACUUAUUCUACUUCCUUUAGACUCACAUAUCCUCCCACAGUCAAUAAGCAAGAGCUUUGAAUCAGCAUAGAAGAGGAUACCAGCUCCUCUGCCAUAGCAUAGAAGCUAUUCAAUGGCCAGACAGGCAAAGACUACAUGGACGAGACAUCUCAUUUAAGGGAAAGCUGUCUCCCAAGCUUUUAGGUUCUCACUUCUGACUUUAUCCAACAAAUGAACUUUAAAAAAAAAAAACCUCAUUAAACCAAUCAGAAUACAAAAGAGUGAACCCAGAUCCCAAGAGAUGUUAUUUUAAAAUGGAAAUCUAACCAAGGGUACUAUAGGGAAGCUAACUAAUUUUCAUAAGUUUCUUGAGAUGAGUGAGCCAUUUUUAGACAUGUCAUAUUCUCAAGGGCUGGCAUAAACUCUCUUGCUUUGCUCUUGUCUAUUUUGUCCGUGCUGGGGUAUUCCUAUUCCAGAACUCACUGCUGUGUUUCUCUAGAAAUCACAGACCUAAGAUUCUACAUGCUGCCAGAAUUACUCAUGGCAAAUGAAUAUAAACCGAGUCAUCUGUCCUCAUCAGAAUCACUGUGUCCCCUGGACUCAGCAGCACCCCAUCCCCCUAUAUGGAAAUAGUCUCUAAUUCCCGCCAUCAGCUACCUCUUAUCACCCUACCUUCAUUGCCAUGCCCCAGGGUCACCCUGGCCAGCUCUUGUGCUGGGACAGGGGAUUACACCAUCUCUGUUCAAAGAGGGGGAAAUGUGCCUAUGCCUUAAGCCAAUGCACUCAGCAAGGAGAAGCACAUCCUAUUUAUCUUGUUACCUGUAGUUUAUUUUGGGUGGUUGGAGGGAAAUGGUUGAGUCAAGACUGAGCAGCAGAAACUGACAGACAAGCCAAAUGGUUUCCACAUUUGGACUCCGAAUGGAGGGAUAACUGGUUUUGCUCAUCCUUGAUGCUACUAGGUGAAGCCACGGCCCUACAAUCUUGAAGGAAGUUGUAUUCACAGGCCUGAGUGACACUUGUUUUUGUUUUUGUACUCCACACGGUUCUAAUUUUUCUUACUCCACAAGCUGAACAGUUUGUUACAGGAGACAAGAAAGAGGUUCGCUAUUUCUGAUACGACAUGCAAGAAACAGGCUGAGGUUGGCACCCACAGAAUGUAUUCCUCAGUUGCUUAUUACCACAAAGCAGGGGCUAUCCUAACCUGACCCAUGACUUGGAUUUCUGGCUAUUAGGCCAGGCCUGGUUCCCCUCACUCUCUCUGUGUUAUCUUACCCAGAGGCACUGGGUGGGUCCAUCUUAGGGCAGGAACUUAAAAUGUUUCCAUUUGCAGUAUGAGAAUCUAAAAAGGGAUUCUAUAAGUGGUCUUAGGUCACUGAACCUCUUAUAGGCCCUUUCUGCCAGAAUCUGCCUAUAUCACAGACAGGUAUCUUUUUCAAGACACAAAAAUCCCAUCCUAGCUAUUAGAAGCACCUACCCCAUAUUCUUCAGCUAAACAAUAACUCUGAAGUCCCUUGUGUCUAAGUAUAUAAAGAAGAUAGCGUUGUUUGGUGGUGGUUGGAGGGGAUGUUUCAUUUCGUUUAAGAAGACAAAUUGCCUUUCCAUUUGACCAUCUCACACCCAUUGUCUUCGGAUAAGAAGACGACCAAACAAAGUUCCCUGAACCGUUUCUGAUUUCAUUUAUAACUGUGGGAUAAAAGACCUAUUCCUUGGGAAUUUUAUGACAAUUGAAAAUAUGAUGGUCACACAUACAAAAUUGAAUCCUAGAGCAAACAAAUCACACAAACACACAAUAAAAUAAUAAUUGGGGAUAUUAAUCAAGAAAUCCCUGGAGCAAUAAAUGAUACAAAAUUCUGGUUAA